AUGACAUUCCUUUUUGCCAACGCUUCAUCUACUUUGCAUUGGAAAGUAUUUGAGCACUGUGUGAAUCUGGACACACUUUCAAGCUAUUCUUGGGCAAGAGCUGUUUCAGCCUACAUGAAUGAAUCCUUGGUCCCAAAAGAAAAAGCAAAAGCAAAGAAGGGAGGAGAAGGCUCUAUAGGAGCUGUUUCGGGUUGCAUUAUCCUAAUAUUGUUUCUACUGUGUGAGAGGACAAACAUAAUACAACCAAUCCUGGACAAGGAGAAAGAAACUCCUGCCAUUCUUAAAUGGAGUCUUGUGGAACUCCACACAAGAUUCAACCAAAUAAAGGACUUGAAUGACAUCGAGGGUAUUUUCAAAACUCCUAAAAAGCGAAAAACUACCAGGGAAGAGGAAGACACUGUUGACAAGGGUAUUUUGAAAGCAUAUAAAAAGAGAAAAACUACCAGAGAAGAGGGAGACCCUCUUGACAAGAAAAAAGAAAAAGAAGAUGAAGGACAACAAAGAGAAGCAGAGGAAGCAGAAGACCAAGGAAAACCUGAUAAUGCUGAUCAAACUCCAGAAUUAAAAGAGGAUGGAAAGAAGAAAAUGUUUGAGAAUGAAGCUGGAAAUGAACCUCUUGCAAUUCAAGACCUCUUGGUGAAGUCCAUGACAGACCAAAUCAACUAUCACCAACGUCAAGAUCCUAGCUUCAUUUGCCCAGAAAGAUUACAACUGUGGAAGGAUGAAAAAAAUGAAGACAGUGAGAAGAAAAUGAAGGAAUUGUGGGAUAUAUUUAUCCAAGGAGAAAAGAGAUCAAAGGAGCUGGAAGCGAAGUUGGCAACAUACGUAGAGAAAUUAGAUAAUGAAGAAUAUGUGACUGCCACCAUGACAGUGGAAUCUACAGUUCAGCUUCAGGAAAUACAAAAUCUAAAAAGGAGGAUUGCAGAAUUGGAAGGCAAGGAAACUCGUAUUGACAUGGAGAAGAUUGCCAAGAAAAAGGAGAUUGAAGAAAAGUACAAGGUAGAAAUUCAAAGCUUGUUGUCAGACCCAACAGUCUUUGAAAUGGAGAUGGAUCUGCCUACAACACAACCAACACAACCAGUUGAAGAGCAAGAAGAAGAAGAAGAAGAGAAAGAAGAAGACAAGAAAGAAGAAGAGAGGCAACAAGAAGAGAAAGAAGAAGAGAAGAAGCAAGAUGCUCCAACACCUGAUGUUCCUUCAAGAGUACUAAGGCUGAAGAAUAGAGAAAGAAAAAGGCUUCAAGCAUCUUGCUAUGUGUACGAAAAAAAUAAGAAGCCAAAAAGAAGGCAAAAAAGGAUGAUGAAGAACUACCACAAUUCAAGCUUAUCUCUUCCGAGGAGCAAUCAACACAAGAGGAUCCUCAAAAUCAGAAGGUGGUAUGCAAUUACUGCAGUUCAAGCUGCUGCUUUUUCUGUUUUCUGCAUUGCAGAAAAUAGAAACUGCAAUGCAUUAACACAAGAGGCAUCUCAGCCCGAUGCCACAAAUCCAAUUCCUGAUCCCCCAAAAGGAACGAGCCUUCAUGAUUCAAUACCUGUAGGUAUGCAAGAAUCAAAUGAUGAAGAUGAAGGACAAAAAAAGCCAACAAAGAAAAAACUAGGAUGGGGUCAAAAGAAGGUUUGGCAGAAAAUUCCAAAGGAGGACAGGGACAGAAUUCAAGAAUACUACUUAAGUACUCAACCUAGUGAUAACUUUUGGGCAGGACUCGAUAAUGAGAAAGUGACAAACCAUGAUAUCAAAGAUAUUGUAUGGGACCUGGAACUGUCACAAAACGUUAUUGAGGCUUAUAUCCAAAUAGAGGAGGAGAAAAUGGGGCCCAUGCAGACAGAUAGUCCACAGUACAUGUCUACAUGGACUUGGGUUAAUAUUGUGGAAGGGUGGCUAGAAUAUAUCAGACCACAAGCACAAGAGUUCUUAGAAACUAAAAAAAUACCAAACCUUGUGAAGCAAAAAGAAGGGCCCCCUACACCUGCACAGGUUGAUUUGUCCCCAAAUGAAGAACUCACUCUAAAUUGGAUUCUGCAAAAUCCAUAUCAGUUUCCAUUUGAGGAUGACACAGAAUGUGCUCAACAAAAUUCAUCUUCGUUGGAUUGCGGCAUGUUCGUCAUGUUCUACAUGGAUAAAAUAGCACAAGGACAGCCCAUUCCAAAAAGUGUGGACAAGAAUUUCAUGAAUGAAUAUCGAGCACAAUAUGUCACAAAACUCCUACACCACAAACACUGUGAUGCAACAAAACGAAAGGGAAACAACAAACUGCACUGA